UGUGAUCAAAAUCAAAGUUUAUGAAGUUUAUGCUUUUCAUUUCAUAUUUUCAUUUGAUUUCUGUCCUGUUUUCUGUUUACCCGGUUUUCGUGGAAAUGAAAAUUAUAAACAGUUAAUUCAAAGAAUAGAUCCACCAUCAACAAACACUAUUUAUCUAACGUGAUGUUAGUAUUUUUAACAAAUAAUAGUACGCCAAGUUUAAGAGCAACGUAAUUGUUUGUAAUGCAAUGUAAACAAUGGAUUAUUUUAUACCUACAAAAUUGCGUCGGUGUUAUUAAAACACCGUGAAGUGAACAAAUCAUGGUAUGCUAUUUAAAUAUGUGAGUCAGAGAUGUAUUUAACACAUUUCGGUAUCGGUUUGUGAUUUAGUGUCAAGGAGAAACGGUGACUACAUCCUUAUCUACACUAGUGUUAUCUUGCAGAGCUAAAAAUUUAAAUCGUAAUAAGGAUCGUUAGUUAAAUAUUAAAUCUGUAACCAUGGUGUCCCAAGCUCAAGACCCCCCACAAAGUAUGGGGUCAACCAAUGUAGUGUUCAGAACUGAGACCCGCUUUGACCCUUCAUAUUUGAAAACUCCUCCAGGAAUGAUGAAAGCCACUGUGGUUGUCCUCAACCUCUUGGGCUUCAUUUGCAUACAAUCCUCUGCGUUCUGGUCCAACGGCCGCGGGGUGUACUUCAACAUAGUAGCACACCUUGGCCUAUGGUUCAGCGGGAUCCUGUUGCUUUUGUACCUGUUCCACGUGGUGGAGAAGUACCACAACUUUAUGUGGCUAAAAGUGGAGAUGAUCGCGUGUGGGAUACUGACUUUUUUGAACUUGAUUGCAUCUACGAUAGUUGUGGCGUUUGGAUCUGCUGCGUAUUCAGCUGCUGGGUUUUUUGGUUACCUGGCGAUGGUGGUGUACGGGUUCGACACGUUCUUCAAGGCGCGCGCCAUCAAAGAGGGAGAGUUAGCGCAGGGCACGCGCGUGCCCGCCAAGCAAGUGCACGUGACCACGCCGCCUGCCAUGCCGUAGUGCAUACCAGCCACGUGGUUGAAACUACUGAUUGUUGUUACAGCAUAUUUUUGAAUAGUUUCGAAUCCUAUUUAUUUUAGUAUUUAGUAGUGGUGUAAAAAUGUAUAUUUUUUAGGGUUCCGUACCUCAAAAAGAAAAACGGAACCCUUAUAGGAUCACUUUGUUGUCUGCCUGUCUGUCUGUCAA